ACAGUUUUCCUUUGUGUUCAUUUUAUCACCAUUUGUCGAACUAUCAGUCUGCAAACGGGCCAAAACUGGCGUGUUGGAGCUAUAGUCGGCCAUGACAUCGACAAUCACAAUUCUCUCCAAGGCGGUGGCCAUGCUAUUCACGAAGCCGCAAAUCCGACAGCAAUUGACAUCAUCUUGUUGCGCAAUUGCCAUGACAUCCAGUUGGCCAUCAUGUAUAAUUCAUUGGCCAAUGCGGUGGCGAUUGUUCGAGGAUUGGACGGGGCAACCAACAUCAUGAACAAAAAACAACAAUAUCGUCAAAUGGAUGUACGGAUGCGGCGUGCAUCCAAUGAACAAUUUGUUACAGGAUUUGCCCAAAAUACAUCCGUACAAGGCACAUCUGAAGGAAGCAUUAUUCGUAAGCAAAUCCAUCAAGAACAAGGGUCUGCUAAGCAAGAUGUAGAGCUUGUUGUGCGAGGUCCGAUUGGGUAAGAUACUCUCCACGAUGCUAUUUUCACCGUCACGUUGAAGCAUCGUCAAUGUCAUGUUCUGCCGCUUGAAACGAGCCAAAUGUCCGAAACAAGAUCUGUUUAGCGCUUGUGAUGACAACAAGAAGGAACUUGGCAUCGACUUGAUCUUUGAGUUGGACGACGUCUUUUCCACGAUUGUCCAAUCUCCUACGUUCUUGAGAAAUAAUGACCGUUGCGUGACUCUCUUCUAUUCAAUAUGCAAAACGCUUGAAAUUUUGGAAAGCUACACAUCUACCAUGUCCACCGUUUAUGUCGCGUUUGUUUACGUUUGCGUGCAAUUGGCAAACACAUUUUUUGAUGAAGAUCGCAUCCACGCGUUUAAGCGUCUAGAAU